CCGAUAGCGUCUGAACCUGUCAGAUGGUUGACAUUGCGGAAAACGAAGCAAAGAUGGCUCACAUGAGGCCACCAGGUGGUAGUGUUGCUGCUGCCGGCGGCGGCCUCUCCGACGAGAACCGAGGUCCAUCCAAAGGUUUCGUGGUGAGGGAGGCUCCCUGGGCUAACACCAAUGAGAAAGCUCCUGACAUGAGCAGCUCUGAAGAUUUCCCAAGCUUUGGAGCUCCAGUCCCACAAAACUCUAUACAACACAUUUAACCUCACACUAACUGUUGAAUGGACUUUUUGUAAACAUCUGAUUAAAAUAC